AUGGGGAUCCCAAACCACGAUCUCGCUGCUCUCGAGCAGCGCCGCCUCAUCCUCGAAGACAACAUCCUCCAGCUCCAAAAGUCACUUUACCACUGGAGAAAUUGGGAAGCGGAAUACGAUGGUAUCCGUGAAGAUAUUGGAAACCUGGACAACGAUGCUUCAACCGACGACUUUCUCGCCGUUGGUCGUGAGUUCGGUGGCGCAUUGGUAAACGAGGAGGAAAUGCAGAAGAUCCUUGGGUCGCAAGGAGUGUCGCGGUCCCGUGGGCAAGUCGUUGAUCUCCUCGGCCGUAGGAUCGACUACGUGAAACAGAAUGUUGCAACCAUGGAGAAGAGACUGCGAGCUGCUGAGGAUGCGCUUCUCUCGCUGGAUGCGCAGGAUCAGGGACCGGCUGAGGCCGGCGCGGACUACCCCAUGCAAGAGAUUAUGGAAGAGCUGGAUGAAGACGGAGAGGUUAUUUCCAGCUCUAUCAACACGCCUGGCCACCAGGCUCCAGAGUUGCUUGACGUGUUGAAGCAGGCUGGUAUCGAGAAUAUCCCAGAAAAUGUGCAGCCCGCGCAAAACACCGAUGCUACCGCCACCGAAGGGAAACUCGUUGAAACCUCCAGGAACAGCCAAGAGUCUCACACCAACCACUCACCCGACUGUCCUGUCCAUGCACCCGAAACCAACGAAGUCGUCGAACAACCGGAAGAUUCUGAUCUCGAGCGGCCCGUCUCCCUCGUUACGCCUGAAGAUCGCGAGCAGCCCCCGGUUACCGAUGUCGACGAAUCACCUGAAGAAGCCAGACUGCGUCGAGAAAUGCUACAAUAUGGGAUUGACGAGGUGGGCGCAAUCGUUGCAGAGCUAGAAAUGGAUGAAGAGGGGAGCGAUUUCUCUAUUGACGAUGAAGACGCUUAUGAUUAUGAUUAUGAUUCUGGCGAGGAAGAAAACGAGGAUGAGUUUGGCCGUUCACACCACGUGCUGUCAGACCAAUAUCACCAACAGAUGAGGGAGCUAGAGGCAAAGCUCAACGCACGCGGCAUGUACAACAUGGGCAAAAAUACAGCGGCUCUGCCCGAGGAAAUGCGGCAAGAGUUCGAGAACCCUGCACCUGUGGAGGAUCAAGUGGCAAAUGGCACCGAUUCCUCCAACAAGGGCAAAAAGCCAAAGAAGCGAGUUGCUUUUGCAGAUGAUCUUGAUAUCGCUCCGGCCUCCGAACCAGGCGCAGCAGCUUCAGAACCUCCAAAGAGGACACUGCCACCCAAGCAGCCCGAUGUUACAGUUCUGUCAGAUGCCGUUGUUGAACGCACCGACCGCGCCCCUGAGAAUCGCCCAGCCUCCGACGAUGCCCCUAAAAAGGUUUCGCGGUUCAAAAGUUCUCGAGCUGCAUCCGCAGAGACAAACGAUUCUCCGGCCCAGUCUGCCUUGAAACCUCCAAGUUCCCAGCCCACUGACGUUCGGUGUACUCGCAAACAAGUCAACGUUGUCCCAUCCGCCGCUCCCCUUACCUUGUUCCCUGCUACACCGCAAGAGUCGAAGCCCUUUUCUGCUCCCAUUACUGAGCAUACCGCAGCCCCUUCUGCUCCUCGGCCUCCAGAAGGUAAAACUUUGGCCGACCAACUUGUCGAGCGCGAAGUCGCGAUCGGAGCUGCUGCUGCUCCCGAGCCAGACGAAUUGGACGAGGGUAUGCACCGCCGCGAGAUCGCCUCGGAAUUCUACAAGAUCCGCAACCGCAUGAUCCAAAAGGAAGGCGGUUUCGUGAACGAUGAUGACCCAGAGUACGAGAUUCGCGAAGGUGAAACGGAGCCCAAGCGAAUCAGCAAGUUCAGAGCUGCUCGGAUGAAGUAG